UUGUGUCUGAUGCUGUUGGAACAGCUAUUUCUCCAGCUUCUCCCUCAGAGUAAUGCAUGUAGGCAGCAGAGAAAACUCUUCUAAUGGAGCGUUAGCCAUGUAUUUACUGGUAGAUUUUUUGAAAGGAGCUAAUGAUGUUAACAACAUGCAUGGAUUGCUCCAAAAACUGAAAUCAAGAGUAUCUUUAUCAACACAGCAUGAACAGGAAGCCAGAGUGACAAAAAACUCGGGCACUUCUGCUGUCUCAGCGGCGCCAUCAUCAUCAUCAUCAUCAUCAUCAUCGCAGAGGACGACUUGUCCGACUAAGGAACAGUUACCUGUUGUUCUGAGCUCUGCCUCGAGGUGGAAGCGGAAAUAUGACGUGUUUGUGUGCCAUAGCUCUGCCCACAGUGACGUUGAAGAGGCCACACGCCUGGUCUCAUUCCUUGAGACUUCACCCCGCAACCUCCGGUGCUACUUGUGGCAGAGAGACAAUUGUCCAGGAGGCGCAAUUUCCACAGAGUUCUGCCAGGCCAUGCAGAACAGUCACUUGCGGGCUUUGCUUAUCACUCCCAGCUUCGUGCAGGACGACUGGUGCAACUAUAUGAUGCACCAGGCUCUGGCAGAGGGACCUAUGUCCAAUAGGAUGAUCCCUCUUAUUCAGAACCUGUCCCACUCCCAGUACCCCCAGGAACUGAAGUUCUAUUACUACAUCGACCUGAGCAAGAACCCAGAAGGCUAUACUUUUGUCAACAAAACUGUACUCAAGUACCUCGAAGACCUGAUUAAAAAAGAAAAGAUUCUUGAUUGCAAUGUGGACAGAUCUGGCGGUGGAUUAGACGGAGAAGGUAUGCCACAGGGAGACAAAAUCACGCCAGAGUCCGCUGGGACUUCUAUUCCGUUGGAUAUGAAACAGGAGAGAGAUAAAAGCCUCGGUGACGCUUGUUAGGAUCAUCAUAAACAGUGAAGGAUGUGAGUGGAGAAAAAGACUGCUGCAGCUACAGACUGUUUUGCUUUCACACAGUGCAGGUGAUGUUAAGGAAAGCUAAGCUAGCGGUUUUGUCAUUUUUUUUUUGUGCAUUAUCACCUAUGAGUGAGUAUACGUGGUGAGGAUGUUCUGUAUCAGAUUUACAAAAAUGGAGUACACAUAAAGUUGAUCUGCAUAGUUUCUGAGCUUGUAAGCUUGUGACCCAUGAAUCUGAUCAAUUACAGGCUAUAACUUAAAGUGAGAAGUGGACAUCAACAUACAGCAUGCUGUAACAGGACAUAGUGUGUGCCACUAGGUGGCUCCCUUUAAAGACCUUUCAUUGCAGUAUCUUGUCUUUGGACAGGAAAAUAGAGGAACAAUAUGUCAGUAUAAAAAUAUGUGAGAGGAGCAUCAAAUGUUUUAUUUGAUAAUGACUUCAGGACAUUUAAAUCAUACUUACAAGAUAAAACAGCAGCAAAACAUGUUCUUCUUCUUAUUGAAUUUAUUGAGUCACCCUAAUGCAUGCAUCACUUCCACAUAGUUAAUAUUGGGUUAAUUGGUAUCUCUUAACACCAGUCAGCCACAGCAAUUACAACCACACUGACAGGAGAAGUAAAUCACAUUGACAUCUGGUCACAAUACAAUGUUGUGCUGAGGCAUCGCCACUCAAUGACACCAACACACACAAAAACAGUUUAGGAACAUCUAAAAAAAAUAAAAAAUAAUUUAAGACAGCACAAGGUGUUGACCUGAGGCCUGAAGCACCAAGCAGGAUUGCGGACUUGGCGAGGUAACUUCAGGGUUAACCCUGGGUUUCCGGUAUCACAAAACUGGAUUAUCCAAAAAAAAGCGUUGAAUAAGGUCAGCUGGACUUGUAGAAUUUCUUGAAAGCCGCUGCUGACCUUAUUCAGCGCUUUUUUGGAUUACCAUGACCUGGAUGACUGAGAACCUUCACAGACAUGAAGCUGGAUUAAUUCUUAUCGAGGUACGUUACCAAGGUAACUUAACGGUAAACCUGACUUGGGUCAGGGUAACUUUCAGGAUUUAUCUGAACCCAUUAAAAGGCUCCACCCACCGACCAAUCAGCUGUUCGGGAAAGAAUCACGUGCCCUUUCAUUUAAAACCCAAUUGAGAUUUUAGCCCAAAUCAUGGGAAGAGCGUUACGGCAUGAACACAUCUCCCACGCAAAGAAUAGAGUAUAUUUUAGCCAUUUGUCCCCGCUACGCUCAAACACAGCUCAAAAUCAGGAUAAUUUAAUUCAGGCCAACAACUUGAUCUAUUGAUAUGAUGUAAUUGUAAUUAUUGUAUCCCAUGUAACUUUAUGGAAUUAAGAAAUCCAACUCCCCAGAUGAAAUGAUGUUUUUGUGCUUGGUUUUUAUCUGCUUCCACAUCCUUUGUACUCCAGAGGGGUUACAUCUGGAGGCAUGACACUAAUUGUCAUACACGUGAUUCAUCUGUGCAGCGCAGUGACUGGGUUUCGUGACUGCGUUAAAUGUAAACUAACUGAGCCAUUGAUGUAUAAUUUUCUGCAUUUAUGCAAUCUGCAAUCCUUUGCCAUGCCUUAUGGCGUCUCUUCAGUGCAGCCGCGGCGUUUGACUUUUCGAGAUUUCGACUGAUAUUUACGUUAUUUUCUUCAUAUUUGAGGAGAAUCAGUCUUUGCUCCUUUUUGCUGGCGGAUCAGCGCUCAUGAUUGUGAUUGGUCUGCUUUUUUAAUUUUUAUUUUUUUGUUUUUGUAUAUAUAUAAAUGCAGCAUAAUCCUCCCAUUUCCCCAUCCCCCUAAACAUUUCGCACCACAGUGAAAGAUCCUUGAUAAUCUCUUCUUUUGUGGCAAGCCAACAUUAUAUCAUGAAAAUGCAGACUAAUCUUUAAAAGGCACAGAUGUUCUGCGAGGCUUUGGUUUGUAACCAUUGUAAACCCUUGUAACAUACACACACGCGUAGUGAGUUAUCAGGCUCCGGAGAACACAUUUCAAAAAAAAAAAAAAAAAAGACAUGAAAGGCACUUAAAUUUAACAUUUAUAUCAUUAAUAAUCACAUUGUACCAGAUGUUGCGUGUUUUUUUUUUCUUUUUCUUUUUCUUUUUAAUGCAUUGCUGUUCAUGUGGAAAUCUGGUCUGGGGUUUUAAUAACAUCUGCUUGGUGGAAGGACUGACUACACAUAAAGACGGAUGAACAAUGUUUUCUGCGCAAGGCUGGAAAGAUGAUUGUAAAUGUGGGAGUUUUUAAGGGUUGAUUCACUUCCGUUUAGUUUUUGUGAUAUGACAAGAGAACCUUAACGAUAAUAUCUCAUACUGAGCUUCUGUUGAAUGCAAAGCUUUUCCAAAUAUUUAAAUCUCCAAAGUGUAUGGACUGUACAAACUACAGUAAACACAUUGUGACAACAACGUGCCACAGUCAUUUUCUGGAUUCAUUUCAUGAUCAUUUCUUCAUAAACUCAGCUGCU